UUUCAUGUUCGUGUAAUUACGGUUUUGCACUUUGCAAUAACUGUCAUGUCUACUACAUCGCCGAAACCUUCGCCCCAGGAUAAUGUAAAGCCUGCGGACUAUAAAGAUGUGUUCGCUGCCCGACAAGCAUAUACCCAACAUACUGAUCCAUGCGAACAAGCAGCGAAGGCGUCUCUGAGCUGCAUGGACCGCAACGACUAUAACCGCGACAAUUGCAUGGAUUUCUUCCAGGCAUAUAGGGACUGUAAGAAGGCAUGGCUGGAGCAGAGACGUGAGGAUCGUAGAGCUGGUCGAUCUACGCCUACAUGAACCUCGUUGAAGGGACUGGCGCAUUGAUUAAUAUGCCAGUGUCGUCCUGCCUUCUGUAUUUCAUGGGCAGUUGUUCUAUCAGACACGAUCCAUUUUUGCGCGGCCUGAUGUAUCGUGGAGACGACGACGUAAAUUCAUAUGCUUGACUUCCAACACCCACCGGAUGUUCAGAUUCGAAUUUCGAACGGGCAUAAACUCGUGCGAGUCCAAAAAAGAUCCACUACUCAAGAGAGACCAUCUUGUGAGCGGACCUGCAGUGCAACAUGCAUCAGCGCGCAGUUUUGUGGCGCAGUUUACAAUGGUCUUUUGAGCUGCAGCGUUGUUGGCACGGUUCCUGGACGGGACAUAUGCAACACCAACAGCAUUUUUGCCUCUCAAAUAUUACGCGAAGCACUCGGGCAUUGGUG